AUGGAAAUUUACCAAAUCCUGAAUUAUCGCCUCUCAAUACCUGCGUCGACCGAAGAGCGGGACGUUGAUUCUAACAGGAAUAUUACGGAAGAAACUAAUUCAGAAACUCUUUUCCAUGUUGAAAAGCCGUCGUCGUCGUUCCAAAAACAAAAAAAAAAACUAAUUAAACCUGUUAAUAACCAAGCUGAUAAGGCUUUUGUGGACUGGCUAAAAACCAAAAAACGUAAUGAAGAUGAUCCACGAAAAAUGUUCCUUCUGAGCUUGCUACCCGACAUACAAAGUCUUUCAGAUGAACAAAUGAGCGCCUUUAGAAUAAAAGUGUCGAUUCUUCUAGAAGAAAUUAAAAAACCAACGUCUUCAGUAAUUCAGUCACAGCUGCACCAAUAUAGAGACUAUUCUCCGAUUUCCUCCGUUAAUUUCCAUACUCCACUGGUCCCAUCCACACCUUCUCCAAUAAAUUAUUCCACCGACUCACAAGUUUUCUCUGGGUAUUCACAACCACAAGUUUUAACACUGACCCCUAUUAAUUAUUCCCAAAAUAUUAACGAUUUUGAAGAUUUCGCAAUAGAAUAA